AUGGCUACGUCACUGCGCCUCCUGGACGCUGGGCCUGGAUCCUUGAGGCGCUGGAUCCCAACCUGCUUUGCGGCGCUACUGUUGCUGCCUCCACGGCCAAACUUAGGUUAUAAUGGGGACCACGCUGAACCAGUUUGUGGCGCACCCUGGUGGGCUGACAGCUUGGAGGAGCGCCACCAUUGGCCCUGGGAAGUGAGCCUUCAGAUAGAAAAUGAGCACGUGUGUGGAGGAGCCCUCAUUGAUCAGAGCUGGGUGGUGUCCGCGGCUCACUGCAUCCAGGGCAACAAAGAAUACUCAGUGAUGUUGGGUAGCAGCACACUCCAGCCCAGCGGCUCCCCCUGGGUCCUGAAGAUUCCCGUGGGUGACAUCAUCAUGCAUCCCAAGUACUGGGGCCAGAACUUCAUCAGAAGCGACAUUGCCCUUCUCUGUCUUGAAACCCCUGUCACUUUCAACAAGUACAUACAGCCCAUCUGUCUCCCAGAGCACAACUUCAACUUGAAGGUCGGUAUGAAGUGCUGGGUGACUGGCUGGGGCCAGGCUAAGCAACACCCCUCAGCCAAGUUGACACGGAGUCUAGAGCUUUGGGAGGCUGAGGUAUCCAUUGUUGACAACAAGAACUGUGACAGAGUCUUCCACAAGAAGACCUUCUAUCCCCAAGUUAUCCCCCUUAUCCGGAAGAACAUGAUCUGUACCACCAAUCAUAGGGAGAACCCGUGCUAUGGAGAUCCCGGGGGACCAUUGACUUGUGAAGUCCAUGGGAGAUGGAUUCUGGCUGGCAUAUUCUCGUGGGAGAAGGCCUGCACCAAAGCUCCGAAUCUAAGCGUAUACACCCGCAUCGACAAAUAUACCGGAUGGAUCAAGGAGCAAGUGAGCCGUGGGGCGCGGUCCGGGCGCUGCAGGACCUCCUGCCUUCUGUUCCUGCCCUGGCUGCUGCAGCUCCCAGUGAGCCCAGGACCUCCCCACCCCUUCCUCUUCCUGCUUUGCCUCUGCUGAAUGGCACUAGGUUGUCUCUCCAUAUUCCACAGGAGUCAGGGUGGGAAUGGAAUGACCCCUGGAGAACUUGGGUCCUGCUCUGGUGUCCUAGCAGGGAGGGCUGUGGUGGGUGGGCUAGGCCUUGCUUGAGUGUCCAGGAGAAAGGGAGGAUGUGCCUGUCAGGAGGAACGUUCUGGAAUUUAAGACCAAGAGCAGAGAUUAAAUUUGUGUGAGAAUGA